CAAGUAGUAGUAAAGGGUGAGUAGAUCCUAAAAGUUCUUGAGGAUAGGAGGCAGACUCUUCAACACUGAUCUUUGGUGUCCAACACAGAGAAAGAUGCCAGGUGAGAGGCUGACAGUUCGCACAUCAGGUGUAGGGCGCUUUCCUGGUGCAGCCCCGCCCACUAGGGUGGAGUUGUCCAUUCAUAAGGAAGGGGAACAAAAAACAGAGGACAGUGCUUGCCGCCGCUGGUUUCGGAAAAUGUGCCCAUGCUGCUGUAAAUGUCAGAACAGCAACACCUAUGAUAUCACGGAUAAGGUGGAACUGGUCAAACCUCCCACCCCGAUUCCGAAACUUGAUGGACUAAAACCAGAAAAUGGAGACUCAAAGGAAAUGCAAGUCAUGGAGUUGUCUGUGUGCUCUGUGGAUCUGCUGAGCUCCAAAACGGGCACGAACAGACAGGUGCACCACACUGACCUGUACCACUCAGAAGAGCUGAUCAUCCGCAGAGGACAGAUGUUCCAAAUAGAACUAGAGCUCAACAGGCCCUUCAGCGCUGAGACUGACAAGCUGCAUCUGAAUCUGAGAACAGGUCCACUCCCACUGGUUUCCAAAGGGACCCAUGUCAUCAUCCCACUGGUUGAUACCUUGGACAAUAAACGAUGGGGGGCUAAGAUUGAAGAGCAGAAUGACAACAAGGUUACGUUGGCUAUCAAUUCUGCGGCCAAUGCUGUGAUUGGUCUUUAUGGUCUGACAGUCACAACUAGUCCCCUGAAAAAUGAAACUCCAAAUACUUACACCUCAAGCAAGAACAUCAUCAUGCUCUUCAACCCCUGGUGUACAGAGGACACAGUAUUCCUGGAUGAUGAAGAGGAGAGGAAGGAAUACGUGUUGAAUGACACUGGAAGAAUUUACUAUGGGACUGAGAAGCAAAUUGGUGCUCGCACAUGGAACUUUGGUCAGUUUCAAGAGGGAAUCUUGGAAGGAUGUCUAUUCAUUCUGGAAAAGAGUGACAUGCCUCCAUCUGGUCGAGGGGAUCCUGUCAAUGUUGUCAGGGUCAUAUCAGCCAUGAUAAAUGCUCAAGAUGAUUAUGGGGUUCUGAUUGGAAAUUGGUCAGGGAAUUACUCUGACGGAGUGUCUCCUGCUGCGUGGAGCAGCAGUGUGGAGAUUCUGAGGAAAUACCACUCCUCCAAUGGAACACCUGUGUCAUAUGGGCAAUGUUGGGUCUUCUCCGGAGUCACAACAUCAGUACUCCGUUGUCUUGGCAUACCUGCUCGCAGCGUGACCAACUUCCAGUCUGCUCACGACACUGAUGUGUCCCUCACAACAGAUGUAUAUUUUGAUGAGAAUAUGGAGCCAAUCGACUACCUCAAUAGUGAUUCUGUCUGGAAUUUCCACGUAUGGAAUGAUUGCUGGAUGGUCAGGCCAGACUUGCCCCAUGGUCACGGGGGCUGGCAAGCUGUUGACUCCACCCCCCAGGAAACGAGCCAGGGUACCUUCCGCUGUGGCCCCGCUUCUGUCACUGCCAUCCGCUCUGGCCAGGUCUACCUCAAACACGACACACCUUUUGUCUUUGCAGAGGUCAACAGUGACAAGAUCUACUGGCAAAGGAAUCUCGACGGUACGUUCAGCCAGAUCCACAGUGAGAAGAAGACUGUUGGCCAUUUUAUCAGCACAAAAGCAGUUGGAUCUGACGAACGAGCUGACAUCACUCAUCUGUACAAAUAUCAGGAAGGUUCGGAGGAGGAGCGUAUCGCCGUAGAGACUGCCAGUCGUUUUGGCAGCAAGCCAGAUGUCUACUCCACGGCCAUGGCAGAGGAUGUGAACUUGGAGGUGAAGAUGGUGGGAGAAGGGCCCAGGAUGGGGGCCGAUGCCCACCUGAGCAUCGUGGUGAAGAACUUAAGCUCUCAGCCACGUAGAACUACACUACACAGUCAGGUGGCUGUCAUGUACUACACUGGUGUUGUGAAGGGCACCAUCAAGAAGGAGCAGUUGCCAGUGGAGCUCUUGCCCAAUGAAGAAAAGAUCAUUGAGUGGGUUUUGCCUUAUCAACAAUACCAGAACCAGCUGGUGGAUCAGGCAGCACUGAUGCUGACAUUGUCCGGAAGAGUCAACGAAACCAAGCAAGUGUUGGCCAGCCAGACCUCCUUCAGGCUCCUUACGCCUGAUCUCAACAUCAUGCCUUUGGGGAAAGCUGUGGUUGGUAAGGAAAUGGCAGCCAAGAUCACGUUCACCAACCCGCUGCCAAGAAUGCUGAAGGACGUGGUCUUCAGAGUGGAAGGACUGGGUCUGCAGAAAGGCCACGUCGUGAUUGUAGGUGAUGUCAGUGGUCACUCGACCGUGACACUGACAGAACACUUCAUCCCGACCCAACCGGGGUCCAGGAAACUGGUGGCAUCUCUUGACUGCAAACAGCUAACACAAGUGCACGGAGUGGCUGACAUCAUUGUCGUUGAACAGUGAAAGGCAGAUAGCUGCUUCAGCUCGUCAUAUUCUUUACUGACAGCCAUAAAAGAUAUUGUUUAAAUACAGCAACAUGUUUGCAAACAUGAGAACAAAAUGGCAUUAUCAGUAUUAUUAUUCUUGUUAUUUUUGCUUAAAAAAACACAACACAACAUUAUUGAAAGCUUAUCGCACAAGUUUUUUUUUUAAUCAGUGUAUUUUUAUUAUGAAGUUCAAAAACAUUUGUAGCACUGAAAAAAAAAUCACUGACCAAAACAAAACAAACUGUUUUCAUUUCAUAAUUAUUGUAUACUGUACGUGUGUGUGCAUAACUUCCAGAGUACGUGAAAAGUGUUAUCAGUCAAAGUGAACCUCACAAUGGCUUACAUGAAGGUAGAAUGGAAGGUUUGGACACGUUGUAAUUUCACAUAGUUAGUUUACAUUCUUUAAUUACAUCAACCAUAACUUCAGGAGAAAGCCACACUUGAAGUUUACUCUUGGGAUUUAUUUCAUAAAAGACAUGAUUCCCUUGUUAGUCAGUGUUAAAAAAUGAUGUGCAAGAGAUGGGGGAAGUCAGACGUCUCAUUACUGUGUAGUCAACGUCUGUAAAAUAUAGGACUACACUGUGUUCUUUAGGAGCAACUCCAUCAGAUGUGCCCCUGUGUUUUUGCUGCUUUCACUAUUGAAUGUAUGUGUAUGUGUACACUGACAAUAAUGUUUUCUAUUGUAUCAUGUUGAUCAGUGGACUUAUCAGGCAGCCUUAUGAGAAUGGAAAACACUGACCUUUGUCAAGCUGACCUGAUUAGUUACUUUGGUUAACAUCAGAACUCACUAUGAAAUGUGAAGAAAACUUGCAGUAUCAUGUUGUUAUUAUUAUUAUUAUUAUUAUUUUGUAUUGCCUAUGAUGCUGAUUAAAACUAA